UUUUUAAUCGAUAAUGUCAGAUCCUGUCGUCACAUUCAUUUACGCAUCUCAAACAGGAAAUUGUGAGGAGAUAUCAAUGGACUUGCAUACAACUGCAAAGGAGAAGGGAUAUACUUCGGAGAGAUACGAGUUCGACCAGCAUUUGAAAAACUUUGAUCUUACAAAUCCCAAACCUAAAAGAGUUGUAGUCAUCUUAUGCUCGUCUACAGGUGAUGGAGAGUGCCCAGAUAAUGGAAACAAGUUCUACAGAUAUCUAUGCAAGCAUUCCAAGAUAGCAAAGAAUGAGAAGACUCCUGAGAGCAGGAUCUUUAGUCACUUACAUUACACAAUUCUUGGACUUGGAGACUCAGACUAUUCCUCCUUCCAUAAGACACCGAAGACAGUCAACUCUGCGUUUGAAGCUCUUGGAGCAAAAUUUUUCCACUAUUUUGGAAAAGCAGAUGAAGCUAUUGGUCUUGAGAAUGAAGUUGAACCCUGGAUCAAAGGAUUCUGGGAUGAACUCGCCACUACUGUUGUGGAAGCUAAAACCCAAGCCAUUGAUCCUACUACUGAAGUGGUCCAUAAUGAAGAAUCUAAAGAAAUGCCAGAAGAAGAUACUACCAAAUUUGAGAAAGCUAAGAUAUGUUCUAAAGUGAUUGAGUCAGAGGAAUAUCGGAAAGUGUUAAGACUCGAGCUGGAAUUAGAUAGAACUCUUUCUGCUUCAGAAGAUAUUCAACCAGGAUCCUAUAUUUCUGUGAUGCCAAAGAAUAGUCUUGGGAGUGUUAAAGCCUUCAUUAAUGCAUGUAAAUGGGAAGAAACUCCAGAGCUAAUAGAGAAGCUCACUACUGAGUUUGACUUCCUCAAAAGUGUGAAUAAGAAAGCUUUAGGAAGCAUAUUAGGUGAAUCAGAGCAUUUACAAGAGAAAGCAGUGUUUAACUAUUUGGACUAUUUGGCAUUCGUUAAUCCUUCCUCUGCUGUGAGCAUGGAUAUUUUGGAAACUGUUCCGAAAAUGAAAUCGAGAUUCUAUUCUUUAUCAUCCGACCCAGUAGAUACCAAUAAGUUAGAGAUUGGCUUCACUGUUGAAGAGCAUGAGCAAAAUGAUGUGUUCCAGAAAGGUAAUAAGAUAGUCAAGCAAGGUGUCUGCUCCAAUUACUUGUACAGACUAUCUGAAGAGGAGAAGGUAGAAUUUGAUAUUAAGUUGGGAAAGAGCUCCUUGUUCAAUACUACUAAGAAGGAGCUCGACAAUCAACCUCCCCUUAUCUUUAUCUCUCAUGGAACUGCUGUUGUGCCAUUUAUCGGUGUGCUGAAAAGACUCAGAAGAAUGCUUGAAACUAAGGAGAUUAAAGGACUUAGAGGUAUAGAGUUUUAUUUUGGAAUCAGGAAUAAAACUCAUGACUAUCUAUUCAAAGACGAAUUAUCCUCUCUCUUCGAGUAUUUUAGCAGUACUAACCCAGAUUCCAAAUUUAAUAUCCAUCUAGCAGAGUCUAGGCCAAAUGAAUUUGAAGAGAGAAAAUACGUUCAAGACUUAAUUAACCUCAAUACCUCAGACUUGCAGUACAAGAUUCAAGUGAACAAAGCCUUAAUCUACAUCUGUGGAAAUGGUAAUACAAUGGUGAAGGCAGCUGAAAAGAUUCUUGAAGAAAUUACAGGUAGCUCUGAGCAGCUUCAAGACCUUCAUAAAGAUGGAAGAUAUAAAAAGGAAAUUUGGACAGCAAACUAAGUUCUUUACUGCACUAAACGUAACCAAAGAGCCAGAUUU